GGCGGUGGCGUGUGGAUGGAGGCCUCGGCCCCCGGCCGGGCGCGGCGGGGCUGGCGGCGGGCCCGGGCUGCGGGCUCCCCGCUGUCCCGGGCCGUCGUCCUCCUCCUUCUCUCCGCCUUCCUUGCGCGGGCGCCCCGGUCAGUUGGAUAUUUGGUUCGAUUUCCAAGAGGUUUUCACUUGACCCGAGAUUCUUUGAAAAUAGUAGGAUCAACUGGCUUUCCAGUGAAAGUGUAUGUCAUGGUUCAUCAAAAGAGUCCACACGUGUUAUGUGUAACCCAACGACUGCGAAAUUCUGAGCUGGUAGACCCAUCAUUCCAGUGGCAUGGGCCAAAAGGAAAAAUUGUUUCAGAAAACAGUACUGCACAGGUAACAUCCACAGGAAGCCUUGUAUUCCAGAACUUCGAGGAGUCUAUGAGUGGACUUUACACGUGUUUCCUUGAGUAUAAACCUACUGUGGAAGAAACUGCUAAAAAUCUUCAGCUGAAAUAUCUUAUAUAUGCUUAUCGUGAGCCUCGUUAUUAUUACCAAUUUACAGCUCGAUAUCAUGCAGCUCCCUGCAAUAGUAUCUAUAAUGUUUCUUUUGAGAAAAAACUGCUUCAGAUUUUAAGCAAAUUGGUUCUUGAUCUUUCAUGUGAAAUUUUCUUGCUUAAGUCUGAAUGCCAUCGUGUUAAAAUGCAAAAAGCUGGUUUGCAAAAUGAAUUGUUCUUUACAUUUUCAGUUUCAUCUCUAGACUCUGAAAAAGGAACCAAGCCAUGUACAGACCGUAGUUGUGAAUCUUCCCGAAGACUGUCUAAGGCUAAAAAUCUCAUAGAGAGAUUUUUUAAUCAACAAGUAGAACUUUUCGGCGGACGUGCAGAACCAUUGCCUGAAAUAUACUAUAUUGAAGGUACUCUCCAAAUGGUUUGGAUUAAUCGCUGCUUUCCAGGGUAUGGAAUUAAUGUCCUGAAACAUCCAAAAUGUCCUGAGUGCUGCGUGAUCUGCAGCCCUGGAUCCUACAACCCCCGUGAUGGAAUUCACUGCCUUCAGUGCAAUAGCAGCCUGGUGUAUGGAGCAAAAGCAUGCUUAUAGGCCAUUACCUGAGUUAUUUGGUGUUUUAUUAAACACA